ACCUGGGAGGGAACAAAGUCGUUUCCCGCCGGCGGGAGCUGUGGUUGAGAUUGGGGCUCAAAGCUUGGAGCGCCCGUUGCUACAGCACCAUGGCAGACCAGCUAUAUCUGGAAAAUAUAGACGAGUUCGUUACGGACCAGAACAAGAUCGUGACAUACAAGUGGCUGAGCUAUACACUAGGGGUUCAUGUUAACCAGGCCAAACAGAUGCUGUAUGAUUAUGUUGAAAGAAAACGGAAGGAGAAUUCAGGAGCCCAACUGCAUGUCACCUAUUUGGUGUCUGGCAGUUUCAUUCAGAAUGGACAUUCUGCCUAUGGUGAAGCAGCCCGUUAUGCAGUGAAGUCCAAGCUAGCUGUAACUGCCAGCAUCCAUGUGUACAGCAUCCAGAAGGCUAUGCUAAAGGACAGUGGGCCUCUGUUCAAUACCGACUAUGACAUCCUUAAAAGCAACUUGCAGAACUGCAGCAAGUUUAGUGCCAUACAAUGUGCCGCUGCAGUCCCCAGGGUCCCUACAGAAUCCUCAUCCUCCAGAAAGUUCGAGCAGUUGAAUCUUCAGGUGUCAAAUGAAACGUAAGCCAAUCAUGAGCUGACCACCAAUGGUCAUGGCCCACCUCCCUCUAAACAGGUUUCCCAGCAGCCCAAAGGAAUUAUGGGAAUGUUUGUUUCUAAGGCUACUGCUACUAAAGCCCACGAUACCAACAAGGAAACCAAAGCAGAGGCUAAAGAAGUAACAAAUGUAUCUUCAGCUGGCCCCAAAGCACCUGGAAAAGGGAACAUGAGCAAUUUUUUUGGAAAAGCUGCUAUGAAUAAAUUUAAAGUCAAUUUGGACUCAGAACAAGCAGUAAAAGAAGAAAAAAUAGUAGAGCAAACUCCAGUGUCUGUCACUGAACCAAAGCUGGCAACUCCUGUUGACCUGAAGAAAUCCAGCAAAAAAGCAGAGCCUGUUAGGAUGCAGCAGAAGGAAAAAAAAUGGGGGAAGCGAGUAGAGUUAUCUAAUGAUGAAACAAAGGAAACUGGAAAUGUGAAGAAAAAGAGGAGAAGAAUCAAACUUCCUCAGUCUGACAGCAGUGAAGAUGAAGUCUUCGCAGACUCUCCGGGGACUUACGAAGAUCAGUCACCAUCCCCACCUCCUCCUGUAUCUCCACCUCCUGACCCAGUACCGAAGGCUGAACCUGAGCCGCCUCCUGACAAGAGCUCAAAUGGAGAAAAUAGAAGAAAACGAAAGCGUGUGAUAAAAUCUAAAACAUCUGUGGAUGCAGAUGGCAGCAUGGUGACUGAAAAAAUCUUUGAGAGUGAAUCUUGCACUGAUAGUGAAGAGGAGCUUAGGACCAAGACAGCCUCUGGACACAGACCCCCUGCCAUGCCUGUGAAAAAAGAGCCCAAAGAGGAACGAAAGGGCUCUAAGAAAGGGACUGCUGCUCUGGGCAAAGCCAACAGACAAGUGUCCAUCACUGGCUUCUUCCAGAGGAAAUAAAAUGCCAGUUGUGGCAGGUCAGAGACUUAGAGUGGUCAAAGGAGAAGACCAAGUAUAGAUUCACUUACUGUGUAAGUCUGUCUGUCCUCUCAUUCCUCACCUCACCCGCAUUGAGAGACUGUCCUUCCAACCUGUGAAGUUUAUGCUGUUACUGGUUUUUAACCUAAAAGGAGUCACCUGCAAACAGGAGGCAAAAUAAUAUUUAAAAAAUGCAUAGAGGGUGCCGGGGAGAUGGCUCAGUAGAAUAAGUGCUUCCCUGGCAAGUGCAAGGGCCUGAGUUCAAUCCCUGGUUCCUCCCCCCACCCCCCCAAAAAAAAUGCAUAGAGAAAUUCACUCCAAAAUUAAAUCCGAACACAUUCAGAUUUCCCCACUGUGCCUCCCUUCUCACCCUUUGCCCUGACCUCUUACUGUUCAGAAAGAUUCCUUCAGGUCCCUCUGUAGUCUGUGAACUUGUGUAGGUGUUUUUGUCCUUGAAUUCUACCAGAUGUGUUUGUUCUCCCCAACCUCCUCUCCCAACUAUGACACUUCUGUCCCCUAGUCCCAUGAAGCUGUUUUCUAUAAAUCUUUUAAAUUUUGGUUGAACCAAAAGCCAAAACAAAAAUCUUCCC